AUGAGCGACUCGGGUCGUGAUUCGGAUGAAGGCCAGACCUCAUCUCUGCACAGGACGCAGAAAAGGGUGUCCAAGCCCGUGAUGGAGAAGCGCAGACGGGAGCGCAUCAACAGCAGCCUGGAGGCGCUGCGCCUGCUGAUGGUGGACAGCACCGACAACGAGAAACUGAAGAACCCGAAGGUGGAGAAGGCUGAGAUCCUGGAGAGCGUGGUCCAGUUCCUGAAGACGGAGCGGCAGACGGAUCGGGGUCAGCAGGCCGCCCGGCGGGCCGUGUCCGGGGAGCCGGUGUCCAGCUGUGCCCCGCAGCAGAGCUACCAUGACGGCGUGAGGAGCUGCAUGCUGAGGGUCAACCACUUCAUGAGGCAGGGCGCGAAGGAGAACUCCGGGGCGCCCGGGAACCAGGUCCCCUUCGGCUUCCCGGUGCCGCGGCCGCCUCUCUGCCCCCCGGAGCUCAUGCGCGGCCCGCCGGUGCUCGGUGCCGCCCUGGCUCCCCAGCAGCUGCCUCGGCCCUACCUGGGCAGUCUCCACUACUCCCCCCGGGAGCUGCUGGCCCCUCCGGGGCUGCCGGUGGCCGUGACCGACGCGGUGUGGAGGCCCUGGCCCAAGUGA